UGGACCUUACAGCUGGCAUGUGAUUGGUUGCUAGGGACAACUUCUGUAGUUCAGGGACCCUUCCCUCUCCCCAUGUUUUAUGUUCGGUUAACCCUCUCCAAUAUAUGUAUUAAUGUGGGGCUUCAUUCUAUCCAGCGGCCGUGCUGAGACUUGUGGUGCGUCCUAUCUACUCCGCAUACCCUCCGCACAGCGCCCGAUCCGCUCUGCUCUUAACCCUCCCGCUGCCGCGCAGGUCAGGCGCUUCCGCCAGGGAAGCAGGAGGCUUCUCCUCUGUGUGUGACUAAACGCCGCGCCCGGCGGCGGGAGGGUUAAAUGACGUCACCGAAUCAUGUCGACGAGCAAUGUGCGCCAUUUUGAAACCUCAUCCCGGAGAAGCCGAGAGCGGCUCGUGAGCAGCGCGUCCCCCUCCGUGUCCUGCCCGCCUCCUCCUGCCCCCCACACACCGGUACCGGCACCACCACUGCACACCGCCCGGGCCCCGUACACACCCGGGAGGGGGAGAGUGUGAAGGGCGAACCCUCCCCGUCCUCCUUCUCCUCCUCCUCCUUGUCAGCGACGCCCGGAUUGGGAGGCCUAGAGGGAAACCAUGGCAGGAGUGGCCGGAGGGAACGACUUCCAGUGGUGUUUCUCCCAAGUCAAAGGUGCCAUAGACGAAGAUGUGGCAGAAGCUGAUAUUAUUUCUACUGUCGAAUUCAACUUCUCUGGGGAUCUGUUAGCAACAGGAGACAAAGGCGGAAGAGUUGUCAUAUUUCAAAGGGAACAGGAGAGUAAAAGCCGUCCUCAUUCUAGGGGUGAAUACAAUGUUUACAGCACCUUUCAGAGCCAUGAACCUGAAUUUGACUACUUAAAAAGUCUAGAAAUUGAAGAGAAAAUUAACAAAAUUAGGUGGUUGCCACAGCAGAAUGCUGCACAUUUUCUUCUUUCUACCAAUGACAAGACUAUAAAGUUGUGGAAAAUUAGUGAACGGGAUAAAAGAGCAGAAGGUUACAACCUAAAAGAUGAAGAUGGCAGACUACGCGAUCCUUUUAGAAUAACUUCUCUACGGGUGCCAAUAUUGAAACCCAUGGACCUAAUGGUUGAAGCAAGUCCACGGAGGAUAUUUGCAAAUGCACAUACAUAUCACAUAAACUCUAUUUCAGUUAAUAGCGAUCAUGAAACAUACCUCUCUGCAGAUGACUUGAGAAUUAAUUUAUGGCAUUUAGAAAUUACAGAUAGAAGUUUUAACAUUGUAGAUAUUAAGCCUGCUAACAUGGAGGAAUUGACAGAAGUCAUCACAGCUGCUGAAUUCCACCCUCACCAAUGUAAUGUGUUCGUCUACAGCAGUAGCAAAGGGACGAUUAGACUUUGUGAUAUGCGAGAUUCUGCUCUCUGUGAUAGACAUUCAAAAUUUUUUGAGGAACCUGAAGACCCGAGCAGCAGAUCAUUUUUCUCUGAAAUUAUCUCUUCGAUAUCAGAUGUCAAGUUCAGUCACAGUGGUCGCUACAUGAUGACAAGAGAUUACUUGUCUGUCAAAGUGUGGGACCUCAACAUGGAGAGUAGACCAGUAGAAACAUAUCAGGUUCAUGAAUAUCUUCGAAGUAAGCUUUGUUCUCUGUAUGAGAAUGACUGCAUCUUUGACAAGUUUGAAUGCUGCUGGAAUGGAUCUGACAGCGCGAUUAUGACUGGCUCUUACAACAACUUCUUCAGAAUGUUUGACAGAAACACUCGCCGAGAUAUCACCUUGGAAGCAUCUAGGGAGAGCAGCAAACCUCGUGCCAUUUUAAAGCCAAGGAAAGUCUGUACCGGUGGUAAGAGGAAGAAAGAUGAGAUCAACGUUGACAGCCUAGAUUUCAACAAAAAGAUUCUACACACUGCAUGGCACCCAAAAGAGAAUAUUAUCGCUGUUGCUGCCACCAAUAAUUUGUAUAUAUUUCAGGACAAAGUUAAUUAAAGAUGGCAUUUUCUUUCUUUUUUUUUUUUUUUUUUUUUUUUUUUUCUUUUUGUCCAUAUUUUUAUUUUUUGAGGACAAAGUCUUGUUCUUGCAUAGUUAAACCUAGUUGUUUAUCUGUAAGAGAUCAGACAUCACUGUCCUUCCGGUAAAGAACAUGGAUACCUCUAUAGAGAGUAAAAGCUGGCCUGGAUUUUAUGUCACAGCAGCGAUCGGUUAUCAGUGGGUGGAAGAGAGGGCCCAGUGUUCAAUUUACAAAGUGCAAAUCUGGUAUAAGCCGAACCGAUUAAGGCCGGUAUAUGUUGUUCUUAACCUUGUUACCAUUUCAUAGACCAAGAGGGUGACCACAGGGAAAUCAGAUUAUUUUUCCACAUUUUUUUCUUUUCUUUUUAUUUUUUUUAUCUGCUUUGCAGUAAUUUGGGUUUCCUAAAAAAAACUAAAUAAAAAAAAACACAACAAACAUGCAUUGUGUUAAUGCCUGUAACAUUCCUUUUCUGGCCUUUCUUAGGUAUUUUACAUUUUGGCACUUAAAACUGAGCUAAACAGUUUUUUGGUUUUCAUUUUAUUUAUUUUUUUUGUUCGUAUUUUUCCCCCUUCCCGUGUAUAUUUACUUACUGUAAUAACCACGCCUCCUUGUGGAAACCACUUAAUAAAAUAACAAAGUAUAAAAAAGUGUUUUUAAAUUUGAUCUUACGUAUUCAGUCUUUUCAUUUUAAUUUAUUUUUUUAUUUUCCUGUUUCUUGACCACCUUCAGACAGUUGCACAUAAACACCGGUGCAAGACUACCCUGUAAUUUUUGUUCUCAAUGGCUUUAUUUUUUCUUUUGUGCAUGACAUGGUGCAUUCCAAAUGUUGAUCAAGUAUGGAAGAAAAUUUGGUAAAUACACUUGUGAUAGAUGGAACAUUUGGGAAGCUCUUUUGCUGCAUGGGUCAGCUCUUAAAAAAUGCAUUGCAUCAGGUAAAGAAAUAAAUAUUUUUGACCUUUCGUAGUCACUAUAUAAUGGUUAUGCCUGUGAACUUAGGGCCCUGGUGACUGAAAAAAAAAAAAAUACAGGGAUUUUGCACAGUAUUAUGCAGAACUGCUAUAUGUAGACCAUAAUUGACUAAUCAUACCUAAUGUGCAUUAUUUUAUGAUUUAUAUAUUUUUCUAGUUUUUUAUACAUAUUUUUUCAUGUUUUUUUUGUCAUUGAACUUCAACCCGUUUUUCUUUCUACAAAUGCCAAACUUUUUUUUUCCCCUUCAACCAUAAAAGGAUAGCCGCAAUGAACAAAUGGGUUUAACAGAAAAAACGUUCUGCUCAAGUCCGUUUCCUAAAGCUAACAUGUAAAUACGCUUUAGUAUUAGGAAACGUGGACUAGGACCAAGUUGAGCGAUUGUUUUUUUUUUUUUGCCUCCAUGAUGACAAGAUGUGGGUUGACCUGAUGUCUUGGUUAGUUAUGGUGAUAUGCAAGAACAAAAUAUGUACCUCAUCCCCCAAAUUUGCCAAUAGAGAGCCACCUUUUGCAUUAGGUGGAGUAAAAAUUUUGUUUAGUUUUAAAGAGAAAAAAAAUUAAGAGUUUUUAAAUUGGAAGGUGGGGGGGGGCGGGAUAAAAAUUGGUUAUGACACUACUUAACACUGCAAAGCUGGAGAACUUUUUUUUUUCUGGCCAUAAGAUCCGACCACAUACGUAAAUAGGCCUAUACAACAGGAUUGUAUAUACUUGUUCAGUUAUUUUGACCAAAAAAGUUUAAUAAAUUUUAAAUGUUUACCUGAA